CUACUUCAUCACUAAGAAUCACGUUUCUGCUCAGUUACAAAAAGUUCCACUAUCUCCUUUCUUCCUCCCUUCCUAUCUCCUCUUUUUUUUUUAAUCUUCUGCAGUUCGUAGCGAUUUUAUUUAACUGAAUUCAUUUUACCCUCGAAAAACGUAUAGUUUUCUGUUUCUUGAUCAUAUAUAUUUGAACUGAUUAAUGUUUCUCCUACCAAAAAAAAUGAUCCAAAUUUAAGCUUUUCUUGAUCAAAUACCAAAAGAAUAUAACUGAAAAUUUUCUUUAAGAUUUUUCCAAUGGAAAAAGUUGGUUCUUGGGACACAAAGAUUGUCAUCAGUGAGCUAACACAAGGUAGAGACCUUGCGAAUGAGCUGAAAAACCAACUUCAGCCCGCAAAAUCGCGAGAGGCAUGUGGAUAUUUGGUGGAGAAAAUACUUUCGUCUUAUGAUAAUGCAUUAUCAGUGCUCAACGACAUGUCUUUUCUUGAAAAUCCUUCACAAAUUAAUGGCUUGUUGGGAUCAGCUAGCCCAAGAAGCAGUGACGGUUCUGAUCUUAUCGACUCUAAAGAUCGUGUCAUCAAGAAAAGAAAGACAUUAGCAAAAUGGAGUGAGCAAGUGAGAGUUUGCAGUGGAACAGGACUAGAAGGCCCUCUUGAUGAUGGAUAUAAUUGGAGAAAAUAUGGGCAGAAAGAUAUUUUAGGGGCUAAAUUUCCAAGGGCAUAUUACAGAUGUACACAUCGAAACACACAAGGAUGUUUGGCAACAAAACAGAUUCAAAGAACAGAUAAAGACACUUCGAUUUUCGAGGUCACAUAUAAUGGAGCACACAGUUGUAUUCAAGAAAGGCUAAAACAGAAGAAAGAAAAUUCUCUAAUAUUAAAGAAAGAAGAAGAAGAAAUUCAAAGACAUGAAGCUCAACAAAAUAUGAUCAUUCUUAAAAAUGAAACUCAAGAAUUGGAUACCAAGGAAGAAAUUUUCCCUCCCUUUGAAUUCUUUUCAGAGCAUAUAAAGGAAAGCAAUUUCUCAGCAAAUUAUUCACCUCCAUUUUUAUCUUCAACUACAUCCGAGUCAUAUAUGAACAAUUUCGAGAUUCAUCACAAUUUGCAAACUUCAGAAACAGACUUCAGUGAGAUAAUUUCGAAU